CUAUCAACCGGUUUGGAUUUCGAGACAGAAGUAGUUUAAUUCCCCUUGAGAUGCAGCAGUUUCCCGAUGCGCUUUCAGACCUCCUCCACUAUUAGGCUAAUCUUGUUAAUCGUAGGAUGGGAGUGACUUCGACCGAUAAAUACAACUUGGUACUUUUCACACUGGAAUUAGUUUCAUUGGUUCAGGCAGCAUGUGCUGGAGAAACAUGUGAAAACGUAUUUAAAGGUUUCUCAGACUGCCUGCUCAGUCUUGGAGAAAACAUGGUGAACUAUCCCCAAGAGCUGGAUGACAGCGAAAACCUACAGACCAUCUGCUCAUAUUGGAAUGACUUCCACUCGUGUGCCUCCACCGCAAUUGCAGAUUGUCAAGAAGGAGCAGGACUUUGGGAAAAACUGAAACUGCAGUCCCGGAGCUUGAACUACCAGGGAAGCUUGUUUGAAUUAUGCUCCGGGGAUAAUGGAGUAUCCAGAGUUUUAUUACCAAUGGAACUGAAGAUACUGCUGAUGUGUUUCACCACUUUAGUGGCUUGGCUUGUUUUUGAGUAAGAAACCUGAAGACCUGACCUCAAACAAGUUCCUAAAUGGAUUAAAUGCACCCCUUUUUCUCUUCAGCUGAAUCAAUUUAUGUUUUGAUGCACAUAGACUUCUUGGCAAAAAAAGAAGAAGGAAUAAUUCAGAAAUGACUUUCUUAAAUGGCCUUAUUUUUCCCCAAAAAAAUUUGAAGACAAUUUACACUACAAAUCUUAUGAAAAUAUAUAUUUUAAAAUACAAUUGUUUUGACCAUUGGUGUGU